UUGGUUGAUAGCGGAGUUUACGCUCUUCCUGUACACCUAGCGAUAAACGACUGUCACGUCGAGCAAUUACACACAAAACCAUUCAACCGUGCCAUCGAUUCGGUAACCAUACCUAUAAUUUCAAAAUAAACACUUGCCAUGCACUGGUCAUACGAAGAUAAUGAUGAUGAUAACGAGAAUGAAGAAGGAUAUUCAGGACUCGAGUUUUUCGCGAAAAAGGUUGCAGAAAUUAGACGUAUAUUACCGUCACUUCGUAACAUCAAAGUGCUCGGAGAAAGAGGCUCGGGUACCAGAGCACGAGGAACAGUUCAAGAUUUUAACAAGCUGAGGCAGGAAUGUUUAUCGAAUGGAAAACUGUUCGAAGACCCCGAGUUCCCGGCACAAGAUGAUUCCAUAUAUUUUUCGAAAAAACCCGACCACCACAUCGAAUGGAAACGUCCAAUGAAAAUUGCACACGAUCCACAACUAUUCGUUGAGGGGUUUUCACGGUUUGACGUAAAACAGGGCGCGCUUGGUGAUUGCUGGCUCAUCGCAGCUGUUGCCAAUCUUACACUACAUCCAAAUUUGUUCUUUCAAGUUGUACCCAAAGAUCAAAGCUUCGAAGACAACUAUGCAGGGAUAUUCCAUUUCAGAUUUUGGCAGUACGGAAGAUGGGUGGAUGUAGUCAUAGAUGAUCGCCUGCCGACUAGUCACGGGAAAUUGAUGUUUUUACAUUCAGCACAAAAUAACGAGUUUUGGAGUGCACUGCUUGAGAAGGCCUACGCGAAGCUUCACGGUUCAUAUGAGGCUUUACGCGGAGGAUGGUCAGGUGAAGCUAUGGAAGACUUUACCGGAGGAGUAUCAGAGCGGUUCGAAAUGAAAAAGACACCGCCAAACUUGUUCAAUUUUCUACUCAAAGCUUAUGAAAGAAACUCAUUAAUGUGUUGUACACUGAUGCCGGAUCGAAACGUAUCAGGAGUUAGAACGCCAGAAGGUUUAAUCAGAAAACAUGUCUAUAGUGUUACACGAGUCAAGUAUGUUGAUAUCAUGACGCCAAAUCAAGUAGAAAAAAUUCCUUUAUUGAGAUUGAGGAACCCAUGGGGUGACGCGGAUGAAUGGAAGGGACCUUGGAGUGAUAAAUCACCUGAAUGGAAGUCUAUUCCUGAUCAUGAGAAAGAGGAACUGGGAUUAAGGUUUGAUGCAGAUGGUGAAUUUUGGAUGUCUUUACAAGAUGUCAAGCAUCACUUCACACAAAUUGAGAUCUGUCACUUGGAUACGGACUAUGUAAAAGACAGUGAUCUCAGCGCUGGUAAAAAAAAAUGGGAAAUGAGCACAUUUGAAGGGGAAUGGGUACGCGGAGUAACAGCUGGUGGAUGCAGUACAUAUCGAGAAACCUUUUGGCACAACCCCCAGUACCGUAUAACAUUAGAAUACCCGGAUGAAGAUGAUGACAAAUGCACGGUUAUCGUAGCAUUGAUGCAGAAAAAUCGUAGGGCACAAAGACAGAUGGGUGCUGAUUGUCUGUAUAUUGGCUUUGCCAUGUAUCGUCUCGAAGAUCCCGACAGAUUACCAAAGCCGUUAGAUGUUAAUUUCUUCAAGCACAACGCCUUUGUAGCUCGAACUCUGGAAUUCGUUAGACAUCGUAAAGUUAUCCGCCGAUUCAAGUUUCCGCCUGGUGUUUACUGCAUUAUUCCCAGUACUUAUGGUCCGAAUAAUGAAGGCGAAUUCUUAUUGAAAGUACUUUCUGAAAAUCAGAACAACAUGGAGGAAAAUGAUGAACAAAUCGGUAUCGGCGAAGUCGAUUAUAGGGUAAAAGAUCAGCCUGAGCCUGAUAGAAACGAGGAAAAAGUACGAGAGUUCUUCAGAAAACUUGCCGGUGAUGAUAUGGAAGUCGAUUGGAAGGAACUGAAAGAAAUCUUGGACUUCGCUAUGCGCAAAGUCCAAUUGAAAAACGAAGGUUUCAGUAAAGAUAUAUGCCGUAGUAUGGUUGCCAUGCUGGAUACAGAUCGUUCCGGUAAACUAGGAUUUGAAGAGUUCAAAUCACUUUUGAAUGACAUUAGAAAUUGGAGGGCUGUAUUCAGAUUAUACGAUAGAGAUGGUUCUGAAUACUUGAGCGCGUUCGAGCUUAGACAAGCCUUAAAUAGCGCCGGCUAUCGCAUGAAUAAUCAUAUUUUGAACGUACUUGUACAUCGUUACGGAACGAAGGAUGGAAUGAUCGCAUUCGAUGACUACAUCAUGUGCGCUGUACGUCUAAAGACGAUGAUUGAUAUAUUCAGAGAACGCGAUCCAGAUAAGACAAACACUGCUACUUUUACAAUGGAAGAAUGGGCUGAGAAGACAUUGUAUUCGUAAUCAAUAACAAAAAAGAGGCAAACCGAAAGCACAAACUCAGGAACAAAUUAUCGACCAGGUGUUGGUCAACGUGAAACUCUGAAGUACUACAUUUUUCAAAUCCUGGAAGCUGAAUACAAUUGAAGCUCUCGUUUCU